AAGGAGUGGUCGGUCAGUGAGGUUCGAAACAACAGCCAACGGCAGCCGGUAGCCAGCUGCCUUAUAUACAGCCAACCCGCCGUGUCCAUGGCCCAAACUUGGGCCCCGUAAUAGUGAAGCGCAGCUCAGCCACAGAAAAAGCAGUCCAAGGCCCCUCAACCUCAACGCGGCUCCAGCUGCCCCUCGUCAAUGACAGACAGUCGGAAAUUGCUUCGCUGCCGCACGGCAGCAACACAUGACAGGCAACACCGCGGGGGGCACUGCUCACAGAGUGGUGAGACGGGCUUUCGCCCGGGCCGCGUCUCUGCCCUCUGGUUGUGGCUUUGCGGCGUUGGCACCAGUGCCGCGCGACGUUGCUGGGCAAGCAUUGUCAGCGGGAGAGUGGGAUGGAGCAAUGGAAGGACGUCGUCAGACGGCGGACGGGCCCACGGCACUGCCGUGCCCUGUUCCUGGAAUUGUCCGGAGCAAUCACGUCCGUAUUCGAGCCUUCUAGCGCGCUUGUCGAGCGAUUAGCGAGCUGGGGUGUCCUUUGCUGGUCAGAGGGCAA